GACGCUUUGAGUUUUGCGUAUUUUAUUUCACGACCGGGACAGGACGCACGGCCUUUCGCAGGAGCGUCACGCCAAGGGGCACCCGACGACAGCCACGACACCAAGUGCCUUCACGCAAUCAAGAGCGUCUUCGGACGGGCAGUAGCGGCGCCGCAAAGAACUGGACGAAGAUCGUAGUCGCGCCGUGCAAUCUGGAUCUGGCCCGGAAGAGUAGCCACGUGCGGACAGAUAGAUCGAGAUCGAAAGUUGAGGGCGAGCCGACCGGUUGAACUUGGCCACCUCGGUGUUGCGCACGCGCUGGCUCCAACCGACCAUCAUUCGCACUCGACGACGAAAGCGCGCGCAACGUCCGACACGAAAUGGCUGCGCCGCUCGAGGCCAUCGUUGCCGCGUACUUUGCUCCCGAUCGCUUGUUGCCAGAGACCUGGGCGCGCCUGUUGAGCCUGACGCCAAGCGCAGCGACGAGCUUUUGCCAGCAACUGGUUACUGACAACGAUGCCGAUGGUCCCAACCCGACACGGUUGCCACCACUCUCGUACGUUGGCAUGUGGCCAAACGCCUACUACAAGCUGCUUGCAAGGUGUCUCUGGGUGUGGCAGACAACGGGCGUCUGCCCUGUCUUGACGCAGCUGCCACCACCGGUCGAUGGCGUCGUCGAGGACACGGGUCCUCGAGACCGUUUGGCGACGAUUCCGUUGGCCAUUGUGGAAGACCUCGGCACGACGACACGUAUGGACGCAUUUGUGGUGGCGAUCGGAGGCGCGCGCGGCAUCGUCACGCUGCUCGGAGUUCGCUGCACGGCGGGCAGUCAGGUGCUCGUCCCGCCGACGGCCGCCGUCUGCAUGGACGCCUUCAACCGCAAGCAUGGCGACGCAAACUCCAAGUCGAAGCUCACGAUCGGCGGCCGCCAGUGGACCAAGCACGCGCAGCGCAGCUUGGACGGGUGGUGGGGUGUCAACAAAGGCUCGGAAGCCCAGAAAAACGCACUCGGCGAGGCCAAGGUCCGCGACAUCAUGGCGAGUAUGGUCUGGAUGAACACGCACGGGCUGCCGAACGGGCCCAUCGUGCUCGAGAUCCGGCAGAAGGACGGCUACGGUGCACGCUGGGGGUGCGUCGACGGCGACGUGCACUUUCGCGGGUUCGUCGAGCCCUACAUGGCCGACGGCCACGCCGUUGGCUGGGUGCAUUGACCGGAUAAAGAUUCAUUUUCAUUCAUCCAUGCACCUCAUCUCGCGUUUCAAAGCUGCCAGCCGUGUGUGCCUGUAUACGGAC